AUUUUUACCAAUGGAUUAGUAAGAUUAUCACAAGAUUGACCCCACCAUCAUUGAAGACCCAAUGUUGGAUGAUGGCUACACUAGGUAUGCGCCUUGAAGUUAUCAUUAAACUAGAAAAUUCGGUGCCUACAAACCCAAAUUCCAUGGAACAACUCCAGGCUAUUACCCAUUUGAAUGCAUCGAUUACUUUUACGUUGUGUUGAUGACCCUCUUUACUUGGGGAAUUUGUUUGCCCAUAUGGUACGGCUUAAUUGAAGCAGGUAAGCCACUUAAAUAUCUAAUAAUAGCCAAGGGAAAUUCGAAAUAGUAUGCAAUUGUGUGUGCAGUGGUCUUUGUAGGAUUCUAUGUUGUUCAAGCCUUGGCUACAUACUAUGGCGGUAGAAUGAAGAAGGUCAUUGAAAAUCAAAUGAUCGAGGAUAAAUUAAAAGAGAUGCAACAAAAGGAACUUGAGAAGUAAAAACUUCUAGCAGCAAUUUGAAUAUUAAUUAUAUUACAAACGAUAUUCAUUGUC